AUGAAAUUAUCCUUUGAAGCAUUAGGGGUUUGUCUGGCUUGGUUGUUGGGCUGGGGUGGCGACAUGACUAUAGCCGAUGACGUAACAGCAGCAGAGUAUGACAAGUGCAUUCAGACGAGUAAUGGUCGGAUGUUUUUGGAUAAUGCCAUUUGGUAUGAUACUAAUCCAAACUGCAGACAGAUAAACUAUAAUAAUAGGGUGAUACUUGACGCUACCGGACUGUCUAAACGGCAUUUAGGGUAUUGGGAGGAUUUGCUGGCCUCCGGAUUACUAAGUGAGUCCGACGCCACCCCAAUUAUUGGAAUGAUAGAUAAUUGCCACAUAAUUGACGAGCCGGAUAUUAAGAGGUGCGAUUUUGACCCUGAGAAGGAUUCUCUAUCAUAUGCGUUGGAUGCGACUGUAAAGGAGCUUGAUUUUUGCCAUAAACGGGCUUGUGACUAUGCCGCAAGACUUGGAAACAUAACUAAGAGUACUACGGGGUCUAAAAUUAUGUCUUUGAUUAACUCCAGUUUGGUGUAUAGAAGUAAUCGUAGGAUCAGAGUACUUGAAGAGGAUGUUCUUAAGGAUUAUUUGAAGUGGUUGUUUUACUAUAAUCCGUUCAAGCCACUGGAUUUUACUGAGGAUGAUAUCAAAAAAGCGGUUGAGGUUUGGAAGAGACUGAUAAAUGAGCCUUCGUCAUACAUCACAAACCACUGUGCUGAGCACCAACUUAGACACUUCUUGUACGAUGUACUAAAGAUAAAGCUACUGGCCUCUAGCUUUUUAAACCUUUCUAAUACCGAACAGGACAUCUAUGUCAAUGGUACAAUUCCCAGAGCAAAUAAGGGCGUUAUGAAUGCUAUCUUGCAACUGAACGUUAUUGCUAUCAUAAAAAGCAUGCCAACGCACGAAGCAGCCCAGAAGAUAUACAGAGAUCUAGAGCCGAUUACUCAACUAGGAUGGUGGUAUUAUGAGCAAUUUAAAGCAACUGACCUUAAGUACCGGUUGGAGGAGUUCCUUAAUAGUAUGUCUCCGCAGUAUAGAGCUUUAGAGUUUCCGCUCGAGCAGAUUAAGCAAUGGGCAGAGGACAUGAGAGCAGUAGCAGCCCAUUUUGAACUUACACUGAAUAAAACCAAGCGAUUGCAAGCUGAGAUUAAGCCAUACUUAGCCAAAAACAUGACAGCCAGCAGUAUUCAUGAAUGUGUAGAAUAUGUAGCUAGCUCCUCAUCUAUUUCCUCGCCCAAUCCUUGGUGGCUGCCCAAUUCUCCCAUCUUUCAUGUAGCCAUAUGCAGCCUGUUCUGGGCCCGUCUCACUCAUCUACUUGAACUAUCUUCUUGA